AUGGCGGUGCCGGACGCGCAACAGGUCAAACGACCUCCAAUAUCACUCUCCUUUAUUGAACCUCAGCGACACCCCAUUCAUCAUCCGGUAUACAACGGACCGUCCAAGCGGUCCACCAUCAGUUCCCCCGCAGACACAUCCAACAUCCGGACAAACAGCAUCUCCUACGAACGACGACCACCGAUACCCUCGAGAGACUUUCAGCCACCCCGCCCCGACUUGAACCGCGUCUGGGUCUUCCCCACGUCCAGCACCGCCAGUGUCGUGAGCAGUAAUGUCACGUCGGCGCCGGCGAGCCCCAUGCCCCUCUCGCCCAUGACGCUAAGCCCGACGACGCUGCCGUUCAGCGCUCUCGGUGCGUUCCGUCCGCGGCGGCCAACGGUUACCCGACGGCCAUCUGACGAAUCCGAUCCCGAAUUCCCGGACAUUGACACGUUCGACCUCGACGAGCCAGCGGGGCACUCGUCGCUGCGCGAUCUGAUGCUGAGCCCAGGUAAAGUCAUGGACGCCCAGCUGUACCAAGUUCUGAACAGUUCGUGGAGCGAGGCAGAGCUCGAAUUUGCGCUGUGCAUCGCCGUCGCGCGAUGGGAGGCGUUUGUGCCGCGAACGCCUAGUGGCACGGGCUACUCGCGCCCAGUGUGGCCGAUCGACGCGCUGGUGCCCCGGCACUAUGCUCGUCACGCCAACAAGUGGGACGAGUUUAGUCCGUACGACCCUGCCUCGUUCCGCGUCCCGGUGCGCGACACCCGGGCGCUGCUGCGCGAGGUGCUCCGCCGCGCAAGCGGGCAGGACCCCGCGAACGCUGUCGGCGUGCCCCGCCGCACGGCGUCGAGCGCCACAGUGCCCCGCGCAAAGCACUACCAGCGAUCAUCCAUGUUCAGCCACCGCAGCAGCAUGACGGUCGCAUCCCGCUCGCCGUCCCCCGACGCUGUCGCAGUCGCGCCCAACCCGGCCAAGUUCUUAACCGAGCACCUCAAGCUCUUCCCCGACCUGCACGAGGCGGCGACGGACGGCUCCAACUCGCAGAACGAGCAGUACCGCGAGACGCUACUGCGCGGGCAAAAGGACCACCUCCGCUCCGCCAGUAGUAAGCGGAGAGAAGAGUACCUGGCCAUGCUGGAGCGCACCCGCCAGCAGCGCGCAGUCGCCACCGCCCAGGCCAAGCGACGUAGCAUGUUCAGCCCGCCGCCCGUCACCGAGGUCGACGAGCGCGGCCUCCGCCGCCUCAGUCUCAUGAGUUCGCAGCCCAGCGAACGCAUGAGUAUCAGCAGUUAUGUGCCUCCGCCAGCGCAGCGGUACAGCCUCGUAUCGACGCACACAUCCUUUUCUCUCAACGAGGGACAAAGCACGCCCGAGACGUCGUUCACGACGCCGUCGUCGCCCGAGAAGCACGAGGCAGUCCAAACGCCAAAGUCGGCACAGGAGUACCAUGACGCGACUAUGGGCCGCCUCGAGGGACGCACGAGUGUGUCGGAGAAGCAGCCGGAGGACGACGAUGUCGACCUCGUCCUCCGCCUCGCCGAGAUGGGACGCAAGGGCAUGGCUGGCAGUCUGCCCCCCGGCGUGGUCGAGAGCGCGCGCGCCAAGCGGCAGGCGUCCCUCGGUCGCGACGUUUCAGUCCUCGGUAGCCCGCUCACGCCAACAAGCACGACGCCAAAGGUCCGCCGCUCGUACCGCGAGUCGAUCACGAGUGUCUCCUCCCGCGGCAGCCGGUACCCGAAGAGUCCCCGAAGCCCACUGACGCACUCUCACUCGCCGUCCGUGCCGAAUGGCGUGGGCCUGAAGCAAGUGCGGAUGAACGUGCCCGAGUCCGUUCUGGGCGAUAUGGACGGGGAGGCACACGACCCGCACGCCCUCGCAGCUGACAGUCCUGUCGAGAGCGACGCCAACGUGGUCAGCUCGGCCUGGCACGAGGGUCCAUUGGACGGUAUUGGCUCGGGCUUAGGCUCGUCUCUGGGCAACUUUGGGUCGGAUUUUGGAGUUGGGGAGGCGUCUGGCCGUCGCCGUCGAAGCGGAGCAGCCGCUCCUCGAUGGAGGCGGGCGACGCCGAGUGGCUCGUACGCGUGCGGCGCGAGAAGCAGCGACAGUCCGUUGCCUCGAGCCGCAGCCGCGACAGCCGCGCCAGCGCACUCAGCACGAUCAGCAUUCCCGAGUCGCUCGAGCUCGAGGGCGACUUUGAGUAUGGGAACAAGUAUCGCGAGUCUCACAUUGAGGCACCUGCCAGCAGCAACAAGGUGUGGAACACGGUUGGCAACUGGCUGUGUCCCUUACCCGAUGAUGCUGGGUGAGACUCGAGAGUGUGCUGCCGGUCGUCUCCCCGGACUACCAAUACUGGGCUGGCUGCCCAGUGACACCUCAGAAGAGGAGCCAGACGGCCCCCUCAUGGACAUUAGCUUGGAUGAGAAUUCAAGCGAUGUGGACUCGCCUCAGUCGUCUUUCUGCCCAGAGGAGGAAGACGAUGGCAAUUCCGGUCCGCUAAUGGACGUCAGUCUCGACCUAGGUCUCGACGUGGACGAACAUGACGACGAGCUCGACGACGAAUUCGACGAUCUGGAGAUCCUGGACGAAUUCGACGCGUUCGAUCCCGAGCACCACUACCACCCGCAAUGGUGCGACGGCGGGGACACGGAGAGCGAGCCCGAACUCCAGACACCCACGUUCACGCCGCCCUUCAGGCCAUUGUCGACAAUCUCGGUAUCGAGUGACGUCGAGCUGGACCCGCACGCGCAGCAUCGGGUGAAACUCCCCCUCGCAGCCGUGGGCGCCAGCUUUGUUCGGAGGCUCGCUGCGAACGGACUCCGGUGCUAG